AUGUCAAAACGCUCCCGGGAAGGCUCUACAUCACCACCAGCAACGAUAUCAAUGGUAUCGUCUUCAGCAGGCUCCCCACGGCAUAAAUACCCUCACAUGGACCACCCGCCUCCCUCCGAAGAAACCAGAAACUCGUUAAUGCGCUGUUCACUUCCACCGCACAAGGGGGAUCUAACAUUCCCUACAUACGAGGAGUAUGAAUCGCACUACCUGCAAACACACAUCAACCGAUGUUCGGAAUGCAGGAAGAAUUUCCCCUCAGAACUGCUGUUGAGCAGACACAUCGAAGAGAAUCACGACCCGGUGAUGGAGGAGAGGAGAGAAAGGGGGGAGAAAACUUUUGGAUGUUUCGUCGAGGGAUGUGAGCGGAGAUGCUCGACGCCUCAGAAGCGUAGGAGACAUCUGAUUGAUAAACACUGCUUUCCAAGGGGAUAUAAUUUCUUCAUUGUGAAUGAUGGUAUCGACAAGUAUAGUUCUAUGCUUCGAUCUAGCGUGCCUAUGCAUCGGCGCCGCUUCUCGCUGGAGACUGGAAGCGUUAAUGCAAGGAGUAACAAUGCAGUCUCGUCUCCUGCUCCAGAGAGACGAAGGGAUUAUUCUACAUAUGCUGCGAACAAAGAGGAAGAGGACGAUGCAUCGACUACGCAUGUGCAGGCGGAGGCCAAGGCUGGCGUUGACGAGGAUGAUGGUUUAGCGGGCCUUACCAGGUCUAUGUCUGCGCUCAGGUUCGUGCCUCAUAGCGUGACUGUGCGGAUGCAGUCUCGGAAAGAUGGGAGGUGA